GCUGCUGCUGUUCACAUCCUACCUGACCUCUGCUCGGGGCCCCGGGGGAACAUCCAGCCAGGGGUUUGCAGGCUGGGAGAUCUCGGAGGACGAUUGAAGAGCACCUCGGAGUGGUGGUGGCCUCUCAGCUUCCCUCCUUGUAGGCCACCGCAGAGCCCAGCUGGGCACGACGAGUGCUGCAGCUGGUGGCACUGACUGUGGCAGGUUUCUUCUAGGAAAAUACGGGCUUGAGCCACGUCCCCGAGGCACCGCUGAGCCGUCGCCUAAGGGAAACGCGCUGUGCGCUGCCUCGCAGAAACAAGGCUGUGGAGCCCGAAAGACUCAGAGGCACUUCUGAAAGCACUGACUGUCAGCGGAUGAGCUUCUCACAGGGGUUAUUUGCGUGCUUGUGCUCUGUCCCGCCUCAAAUUUCAUCUGUUUCAAAGGGGGGAAAUACACCGCUGCCGCUUCGGGGAGCGGGUCCCCGCCGCGGGGCGCGGGGAAGACUACGGCUCCCGGCGGGCCGCGCGGCGGCCGGACUACGGCUCCCGGCAGGCACCGCGGCAGUGGGACUACAGCUCCCGGCAGGCACCGCGGCGGUGGGACUACAACUCCCGGCGGGCACCGCGGCGGCGGGACUACGGCUCCCGGCGGGCCGCGGCGCGGCGCGGUGUGAGGCGGCCGCCCUGGAGGAGCCGCCGCCGCCACCGGGGUCCCCGCCGGGCGCGGGGCGCAGCGGGAGCCACCCCCCGCCCCGGCCUCUCCCGAGGAGGACCCCCGGUGGCGCCCGGCGAAGCGGCACGGCCGGUUUCAAGUCGCCGGUCCCCUCUCCGAAGUCCUGCCAACCUAAUGGAGCCAGUGCAGAAGCCCUGCAGUAUGAAAUUAAAGAGCUGAAACAGAAAGACCUUGCUCUAGACCAGGAAAUUGCACAAUUCUUGUCUGAAGGCUACAGUCUAGAAGAAUUGGAAACACACAUCUCUCUACUCCAUGAGUAUAAUGAUAUUAAAGAUGCUGGGCAGAUGCUGUUAGGCAAGUUGGCUGUUAUUCGAGGGGUUACAACAAAGCAACUGUACCCUGAAUAUGACUUGGAGCUUAGCGACUAGUAUUGAACCUGAAGACUACAGUGUCCUGCAAAGAUGUCUAUUAUUGGGCCAUUAUGUUUUGGUGUCAUACCUAUUUAAAAUUGAUAAAAGGCGGCCUUAGAAGUGUGUAGACUUUCAAGAGAGUGUAUGUUAACAGCCCUCUUUUAUUCCUAAUUUCCUAAGAGGCUUUGGAACAUGAGUUGUUAACCAUUUCCUGUUUGUGGAAAACAGAUGUUGUAGAUGUGGUAUUUUUUAUAAUUUCAGUUUGUCUACUUCCUGAUCAGCACUACUUUUUUUCCCAUAGGAAGGGUUAUAAUUUAAGGUUGAUGUUGAAUCCCUUUCCACUGCGUUUUGCUUCUCUAGAACAUCGUGAGGCUAUCUGGAAAUGCUAAUAUGCGGGUGGAAACAGCUUCUAAUGAAUGGAUAGAGGAAGUGAGGAUAAAAGACUAUACAAUGGAUUUUCUUUUCAAGCAACUAUCACCUCUGAAGUGGGGAGGGAAGAAGGUUGAAGUGUGUAUGUGUGGAGAUUUUUUUUUGUUUUGUUUUGGGGUGGGGUUUUUUUUUUUUUUUUUGAAUGAUCAGAUUUGGGAAGUUUGGGUUCUCUGCAUUUUUGUACUUCACUGAUCUAAUAUCUAGAAGUUUUGAAUCAUUUCUGUAGUAAAUAAACAGCAAAAUGUGAUAUAUUAAAUUGUCUAGUCUGAAUAAAGCAGCUAUCACAUUUCUCAGCAA